CCGCGUUGCUUGGGUUUUGAGAAAAUGGCGGUGCAGUGUAAGGCUUUCGCAUAGUUCGGCGUGUUCGUAUUUAUUUUCUUUGAAAACUUAUCAAUUUACAUAUUUAAGUGGCCAUUUAACCGGCAAAAUUUGAGGAAAGCGUCGUCGGCCCCUCCGUGACCUUUUUCAUGUCGAACUGUCAGUGAUACAGUAACAUUUUGUACUCGGCAUCGCGGGGUGCUUGUAUACCGGAGCCUAACAAGUUCUUAGAAAGAAAUCAACGAAGACAGAGGGAGUAUGUAAGUCAAGAUGAACACGAGCAAAUGAAUUUCAUUGCACUGAAAAAUGAUCCAUAUCCAGGUGGUUUUUGUAGAACCUUAAAGUGUUUUAAAUCACAACUCAGGUUGAAAUCAAGGAAAUCAAAAGAGAUUUAUUAAGAAAGAAACAUAUAUACACAAUUUUUACUGAGAGAGGCUCGGAGACAAUAUGGAGAAAGGAAGAUUUGUGAGAGAUGGAAGAGACUCUGGUCGUGGUCGUGGGAGAUGGAACACAGAAGGUCCUACUCGGGGUCGAUUCCGUGGUGGUGACCGCUCAAGUUGGGGAAAUCAUGGGGGACGUGACCAACGUGAUCAGCGCGAUCGCAGGUAUCGGAGCCCUCAAGGUAGAAGAUCAAGGUCUCAUUCACCACACCGUAAAAGAAUGAGAUCACGUUCGACGUCUUCACGGUCAAGAUCUUCAAGUGGCUCUCCAGCCCGAAACCGGAGAAAUUACAGCCGUAGUACUUCUCCACGGAAUCGAGGACGCAAUGCAAGUCAUUCCCGUAGCAAGUCUCCACCCAAUAGGCCACAUAUGUCAACAUCCGGCUACGCACCACAGGUACAGCAGUCUUCAUCAUACCCUUCUUAUAAUGAGGAUCCCUUCCGUGGGCCUCAACCACCAGGCGUCGACUCUCCAGUUAUUCGCCAGCAGUAUGCAGCACCAUUCCAACAUACCUCAAUCCCUCCCCCAGGAGUCCCUCCACCUCAAGGACAUCCUCCUGGGCCACCUCCAGGUUACCCAGGAUAUGACAGUUACUACCAGCACCAACCUCCUCCAUCACUGUAUCCACCUGGAGUCCCGGACUAUAUUGCUACACAGGCACCAUCUACAAUGACUUGGUCUGCACCUGAAUAUUCACUCCCUUCUUCAGCACAUUUAACUGAUAUGAAGCACAACAGUAAUGCUGCUCCUGCACCAGUACCAGUGCCUGUACCCAUCCCUCAACCUUCACAUGACUCGAGCAGCAUUAACAUACCUCCGCCACCAGGAACUGGAGAGGAAUCGCACAAGAAAGAAGCCAUUGAGCGUGAACUACGAACCCAGAAAGAAAAUUUGGUUGCGCAGCGAGAGGAAUACAUAAGGAAAUCCAAGGUCUUUGAACGUGAACUAGGACUGCUUCGUGGCCAAGAGGAGGAACUAUCAGCUGAAAAUUCUCGAGAUAAUGAAAGAAUUAUUCAUGAAAAUCAUAAACUCCAGGUGGAAAUUCAAAACAAAUUAAAGGCUAUCAACAAUGUUAUUGACAUGUUGACUGGCAUAAUAGGUGAUAGCAAAGAACUUGCUCAGAAGAGGGUGGAAAUGGAAGCAGAAAAAGGUAACAAGAAGAAGCCUAAGAGUCCACAUUCACGCUCACAGUCCAGUGGACAAGGAAGGUCAAGGUCCUCAUCAUCUAGUGAUUCAUCUGCUGAUGAAAGUAAGGAAAAAAAGAAACAGGAAAUCAUAUCUCCUGAAGAGGAUUUUCAAAAGUACAAUUACAUUCACUUUGAUCCGGAAAAUCACUGGUGCAGAGUUUGUAAUGUGUUUCCCCGUACUGCUAAGGAAUAUUUGCAUCAUCUGCACAGCGCUGAGCACAAAGAUCAAAUCACGGUACGUAAAUUGGUUGACAUGCCAUGGCAUAAGGAUCAUCCAGCAGAGGAAGUCCCUCAAGUACCUGGAGCUCCAACGAAGAGGACUCCCAUUAAAGGUAUUGUACCACAUGGUAUUGUUUUGUAGUGUUGUAGACCUUUGCAGACUAAUAUGAAAUCAUCGAAGAGAAUUUUCAAAGAAAAUCAACACUGACCCUGGAUCUGUAAGUAAUUUUGUGUUUGUGAAACUAUUUGAAGUUAACUGCAUGAAAUAUGCAGUGCUUCUGGUUGAAAUGUGGUAAGAGGUGAUGUGUCUCUUAUGGCAGCACAAUACGUGCAUUUCUACAAUCCACUUGAGAAGUCAGACUUUUUUCCAUGGACUCUUCAGAUGCAAGAAAUUUUUUGUUUUCUUUUUGUCAAACCAGUGUUCCAAGAU